CUUACAAUCGAUAUCCGUUACCCUUACUAAAGAGCUCACUCCGCCGCGUGUUGGUUUGAUAGUAUCAUGGAUUCUGGUUACUGCUCGUUGAUCUGUGUCAUACUGACAUUAGUAUUGGUACCACAGUUGUCCGGCAAAAGGGGACAAAAAGGAGAAAGUUGUAUUGGGAGUAACUCUGGUUUUGCCAGCGCUCCAAYAGGACCAUGUAUACCUAGUCUUGAAGGGGUUAUCAAAUAUGACCGAUCGUCAGGUUUUGUUCAGAUUUGCACUGKCGGUCAGUGGCAAAGACUUCAAGGUUUACCCACAAAACAAAUGAACAACAUCCCCAGAAAGAGUUGUCUGGAUGUGUUAUUUCAUGGUGAGGGUCGURGUGACGGGAUGUACUGGAUUAACCCAACUGGUGGUGAUCGAAAUAAACACUCAUUCCGUGCUUACUGUGAUAUGAGCACCGCUGGAGGAGGAUGGACACUUGUGGCCAAAAUCACCGACGACUACAGCUGGGUGUGUCCCAACCGUGGUGGCUCGAUUUGUCUGAAAUCUMAUUCUGAUCCAAAUCACGGAAAUUUAUUUCACCGCGUCCAUCAGCGGGAUAGCGUUGAUUUAUCCRUUACYCAUGACAUCGAUGCAGGCGUGCAUAUCAACAACUCCAUAAUACGACAGUUGUUUUCCAGUGGCCGCCAGUCAAUUCGCUUUUCGUUUGUGACAGAUWAUGAUGGGUGGAGCCCGUCUGAAGAUGCUUACGCCGUCUUUCAUCCUGGAAAAUCCAACUCCUUGUUUGUGGACGGUUCGUGGGCUGCUUACAAUCGCAGUAAUAUGGACUACACUUGGAAUAUCAUCAAACACAACAGAAGAGAUCAUAAGUUCCAAGGGGAGUUCAUUUGCUGGGGGAAUGACGUCAAGAUAUCCUACAGAUACUACGACCAUGGCCUACAUGUGGGAUCYCCUGCCAAUGGUGUCAAACCGUGUCUUCUUGACAGCAAUGAAAAUGAAGUCAUGUUAAAAAGUCAUUACGCUUUGAUCCAGGACUCUCGGGCAAGAUGGGACAUGGCCCAGUUUGGUUUCCUUGGUGCCCGGUAUGUUCAAGCGAAAAAUAAGCGAAUUGCACUAUGGGUACGGUAAAGAWCAYGUGUGUUACGGAUCGUCUUGUGUGGCCCUGAAGUACUAGAAUACUAGAAUUCUUUGCAGCAUCUCAUAAUUUAAUAAUGAAAUGACACACCAUAUUCUAGCACUUCUUUAACCAUGUUCACAACCUGCGAAACUGUCUUCCAGCAGCUUUGUAAUUUGUCUUCUCUGACAAUGUUUCUGCACAACGGCACUUGUAAAAUCUAAUUUAGUCACUAUAUGAAUCACUGUUUAUCACAUUGAGAGGUCCCAUUCCAAAGAUAAGUCAUUGUGCACAUUUUAACUUUGAGGAUGUUGAUAUUUUUUCACAGUGUGAUUCCGACAAAAUACCUUUAGAACAUACAUGCAGUGGGUCGCGCACAARUGCAUUAUGUAUAUAUAACCAGAACUUGUAGAAAACCACAAUGCACAAGCCAAAAUAACAAGACAAAACAUCAAUUUGCUGUUGUUAGCCUCGAUUCACUACUCAAAAUCGUUAUAACGUUAUAAAUUUCUUUUCUGACUUUUAAUGUUAAAGUUGUUUCGGUCAAAUGAUGGACAAGUUAGUUACCCGCAAUUGUCAUUGGUUGGUUGUAAGGUAAAUUGUGUCYAAUAAAGUUUCUAGGAUUUCAAAGGUGUAACAUGGAUAGGCUGCAAAGCGAUAACUUUAUAGAAUUAAAGGCGCUGAAUCAGCGCAUGUGCCUACUA